AUGGAGGCAGACUACGCCGCCGCCGCCCUCGGGGGCCCGCUGCGCGCCGAGCUGCAGCGCUGCUGCCGGCGGCUGCGGGAGGCCUGGCGGCGGCUCCGCGACGACCUCACCCCCUUCAAGGAUGAGCGCUACUACAGGUUGGCACCAAUGCGGCUAUACACACUGUCCAAGCGGCACUUUGUCCUAGUCUUUGUUGUAUUCUUUAUUUGCUUUGGUUUGACAAUCUUCAUUGGAAUUGCAGGUCCUAAUGUAAUCAAGACCACAACAACAUCUGAAUUGACUAACAGCUCAAAGCUCAAGUCAUAUCCAUUAAAUUCACAACCAUUAUCCACUUAUAAUCAACAACUAUGGCUAACCUGUGUUGUUGAACUGGAUCCACCUUAUGAAUCUCGCUUCAAAAUUAACAUUACUCUGUCAAUUAAAAUACAUGGUGUAACAAAGGAUGCAAGCACACGAUAUAAAAAUAACCAAGUUCAUAAUCGGACAAGGCAACUCAACUGUGCUCGGAAAUGUGAUGAAAUCAUUGUGGCUCAUCUUGGCUACCUGAACUACACUCAGUAUAACAUAUUGGUUAGUUUUGAGGGUCUGGAGAAGUUGAUGGUUCCCAUCAUGAACAUCAAUUUCACAUGGAAAACUUACAAUCCGUAUUUUUCACAAGUUGAAAUUUGGUUCCGAUUUGUAUUUGUGGUUCUUACUUUCAUAGUCACAUGCCUGUUUGCACAUUCCCUCCGGAAAUUCUCCAUGAGAGACUGGGGAAUUGAACAGAAAUGGAUGUCCAUCCUCCUACCCCUGUUACUGCUUUACAAUGAUCCAUUUUUCCCCCUCUCUUUUCUGGUGAACAGUUGGUUUCCUGGAAUGCUAGAUGACUUCUUCCAGUCAUUGUUCUUGUGUGCACUGUUACUGUUCUGGCUCUGUGUCUACCAUGGGAUAAGAGUGCAGGGAGAAAGAAAAUGUUUAACUUUUUAUCUUCCCAAAUUUUUUAUUGUUGGGCUGUUGUGGUUGGCCUCGGUCACAUUAGGAAUAUGGCAAACUAUUAAUGAGCUACAUGACCCAACAUACCAGUACAGGGUUGACACCGGUAACUUUCAGGGUAUGAAAGUCUUCUUCCUUGUGGUGGCAGCCAUAUACAUUUUGUACCUUUUGUUCCUGAUAGUGAGGGCAUGUUCAGAACUUCGUAAUAUGCCUUAUAUUGAUCUCAGGUUAAAAUUCUUGACUGCAUUGACCUUUGUAGUACUUGUCAUUAGCAUCGUUAUACUUUAUCUGCGCUUUGGUGCACAAGUACUACAGGACAACUUUGUAGCAGAGCUGUCAACUCAUUAUCAGAAUUCAGCAGAAUUCUUAUCAUUCUAUGGUUUGUUGAACUUCUAUCUCUACACACUAGCCUUUGUGUAUUCCCCAUCAAAGAAUGCACUAUAUGAGUCACAAUUGAAAGACAAUCCUGCCUUUUCUAUGCUGAAUGAUUCAGAUGAUGAUGUGAUUUAUGGGAGUGACUAUGAAGAAAUGCCGCUCCAGAAUGGCCAAGCCAUUAGAGCCAAGUACAAAGAAGAGUCGGAUAGUGAUUGAAUUCAUGUGGAUGAACUUGUUCAGUAGAAAUGAAAGCAAUUUUUAUUUUUUUCCCCAUAUCCCAAGGAAGGACAUCUUGCUUCUUAUUUCUGUUUACAGAGUUAAAACUGAAGGAGAAAAAAUGGAAAUGCUUGAAAAGGUGUGCUACAAAACCGAAACUUUUUACACUAGAAAAUGUCUUGUAAAAGCACAUCCUUGGAGAACAGACUGUGGAAACAAGGGGGCUUUCGCAGUUUAGUACCAUCUUGGAGUAGUGUUUAUGUUGAUUUAAAACUGCUCCCUUACUUAUUUUUAGAGGAAUACAUGCAGCCUAAUCUGUUCACACUUUUAUGCAACUUGUUCUAGCUGCAAUGUACAAUGCCCACUAAAAAUUGAAGUGCCUCUUCUUCCUUUUCUCUAACUCACUUGAAUCGGAGGUGGAGAAUGAUAUGUUUUCCAUUGGGUUCUGAGAAACCAUAAUCUUUCCUGCUUCUCCUUUGAGGAGCAACAUUCAGGGUUUGUUUGGUUUUUUUUUUUAGUGGCCAGUAGCAUAAUAGGCUUAAAUACCUAUUUUUAGGUGUUCAUAAAAUGGAUUUUGCCAAGCAGUUAAUUUAAUGAGUAAUACAAGUACAAACAUUCAAGUUCUUUUGCACCAAAAAUAUAUAACCCGAAUGUUAUAUAAUAAGCAGUGUGCAAUUAUUUAAGGGGCAGGUUACUUCAGACUCUUCACCAAAUUAAAAUGAGUCAAAAUAUAUAGAUUAAAAUGUUCAAACUUCAGAGGGAAACAGUACUGCUGUCUUUCUGUGUAUGUGUUUGGGGGGGUAAUGUAUGUGUGUUCUGCAAAGCAUACAGGAUAAAAUGUCCUGUAUUAACACACACAUUCUUUUAAGCUUUGGAUCUUUUUUCUAAGCUGGCAUUUUGUUAAAAACAGUUGCUCUGUGUUGCAGAAAGUUGCUUUUGCUGAUGUGUUGAAUGUAUGUGAAAGAGUCUGCUUUACAUUUUCAGCAUAUGGAUCAAUCUGCUCUUUCAGCCACAACUAAACAGCAACACAUACUAUUGCUGUGUGUGAUUAUUAGCAAUUAUCCUUUUCCAGUCUGUGCUGGAAGAGUGAGGUGCAGAACUUCUAAGCAUUUACUAGAAUGUUGCUCCUCUUGACACUUUAAGAAGAUAUUUCCCAGUGUUCCCACUACACUGGAGCUUUGUCUUUAAAGAGAAGCUGCCAAUUUCCAGUAACAUUUAAAGAAGCUAUUUCCAGAUACUCCACCUGUCCCUGAGUCUUUAGGUUUUGUGGUUUCACAAUCAGUUUUCUUCUCCAAAUUAUGUCUCCCUUUGCUGUGGCAGACCCACAUAAACCAGGAAAACUGACAGACCAUAUAAGACAUGCCAUUAUGCUGGCUUGUAUAGAGAGACCCAUCUACAAAGGGGAUUGAACUCUGACUUUAAUCCACUUCAAUUACAAGAGUUCGGUAUGUCCAUGGGACCUCUUUGUGCCGUGUUAAGAACCACUGCAAUUUGUCUUCUGAGCAUUCAUAACAGCUGUUCUAAAAGCAAAAUUCUCUAGUACAGACCACAGCCAAGAGAAGAACAAAAUAUUGCCAUGUGGACAAAGUAAUCCAACUUGUAUUUUAAGAGCACCAGGUGUGUUUGUAACAUUACAUGGAAAAAUUGUGGUAGGUAUAUAUUUAAGCUGUCUUGUAAACUGCAGUGGCUAUUACAUCUUGCACUCCUUUAAAAAAAAAAAAAAAAAAAAGACUGUAAGAGUAGCUGAGUGCAUGCACACACUUGAGACUGAUGUCAAGUCAAACUCCGGAUCCAACCAUAUUUCUUCCUCCACUCAGAAAAUUCCAGUGACUCGUGGGAGUCAGGGUUCCAGGCUCAGGCUUCUUAAGCUUCCAUAAUUUUUAUUUUUAUGCAUUUAAGAUGUUUUUUGGCUCCUUUUAAAUAUCCUUUUCCUGUCAUAUGCCAUUUUACUAAAAUAUUUAUACAUAUAGGAUAUUGCUGCUCAUCACAGUUUGGGAUGGUUGUGAUGCUGUGAGCAUGUCUACACAUGUCCCUACGGCACCAUUGUUACUGCACUGUCAUUUAGUACUUCCUUUUGUAAGUACUAAAUGGCAGCACAAUAAUGGCCGUUACUGUGCCAUGUCAGUGGUGCACAGUUAUUUUUAGCCCCUACGUCGCCUUAGGGAUGCAUUAUACCGAGGGAGCACGUUACUAUGUUGUUGUAGCUGCAACAUCACUGUUUGUGGCCGCCACUACUAUGUCACCAUAGCACGUUGCUUCAGCGACGUAGCAUCAUGUGUAGAUGUGCCCAUUGUAUGAAGCUUAUCUGUGUCAAGUUUUAGGAAUCUAUUAAUUUAAAACUUGUUUUAAAUAUAACAUGAAGAAAUCACAGUGUUUAGAAGCUUUUCCUAGGCUGGUGUGUCCCAUUUUGUCUUUAUUAAAUAUUCUGUUACCACAUUCCGAAUAGAAAUAGGAAGGAUGGGAAGGGAAGAUGAGCACUUUUAAAAAUAUAUUUAUCUCACUUUAGAAAUAUUGACAGCUCUUUGUGGAAAUCAUGGCUGCUUACAAACGUUAAGAACUCCCCCCACCCCCCUGUGCUUUACUGGAAGAAGCAGUGAAUUGUUUCAGCCCAGCUCCACAGCAUCCGUAUAGAUCGGGUGCUUCAGCAGGGCUUUUUGGUGCUUUUAGCUGAUUCAGUCAGCUAUUAGUUAAGUGUCAAAAAAGCCCCACUAAAUCUAUACAGACGUUAGGUGAGCCAAGUCCAGCUAACACACUGCCUCUUUUGGGCUUGGCAUGGUGGCGCAUCAAAUUUAAAGUAAAGCGCUGUUCCUUUUAAUUGUAAGCAGCUCAUAUAUUUUAGCAGCUUUGCUUUACCCAUACUGUGUUCUAUAUUGCAGCAGUGUUACAGUAAAACAAAGUAAGCUUGGUAAAACAUAAAUUCAGUAUGUUGUAAAAAAGCAUUAAAGGUAACAAAGUCUCACAAGAAAUUUUACAUGCUUUGUGUCACUGAAUAUAAUUUGGACCCAAAGGGCACUUACAUGUAGGGAGUCUGCUCUGAUGCACUGGAAAUCCACAUCAGAGCAGACUUGAUUAAUCGAGUCUGCUCAGGUACGUAAAUUGAUGUGUGCUGGCAGCCUCGCGCAUCGUGUAUUAGCGGCGCAGCACAUGUCAGCACUGAGAAAGUGGUAGUGGUGCGCUUUGAACUAGAACAUGUUCAAUGUGCUUUAAUUCAAAGUGCACUACUGCCAUUUUCGCAGCUCUGAUGUGUGCUGCGCCACUGAUGCAUUUGUUCCUGAUGCAGCACCAGGCACUUCUAAUUAGCUCAGCUCGCUAAUUAAAGGCGCCCGGUGCGGCAUCAGAAAUGCAUGUAAAAAUGCCUAAAGAGACUCAUUGGCAACAAUUAUAAACAUUUUGGGGAGGUUGGUUGCAUGUAUGUCUCAAAAUAGCAUAAAAUCCUGUAAUAACGAAAGGAUGAAGUGCAAGGUUCCUGGAUUUGUGUAAGAAAUUUGCUUGGCUGUCUGCAUAUUUUCCCUAUGGCAAAUGGUAGCAUCACUUUUUGCAGUCAGUUGCCUCCCCACAAACAAUUGGAGUCAGGUUAAUCUAGACUUGCAGUUGCUUGUUAAAACAAUUAAGGACUUAUUUAUUUGGGGUUGUUUUUCUGAGUUCAGAUUUUCACUUAAUAAAUCUGGAAUGAUACUACUUCUAGUUAACAUGUUUGGUUUUUAGCUGUGGGAUCUGCUUUAAGACAUGAUUAAUUAAUGAAAAAUUGAGAACCUAACUUUCUGUGCUUUGAGGCCAGGAUGGGGAAGCAUAAAUCAGCAGAAUACCAGAACAUGCCAGAAGAUAGUGUCAACCAUGGGUAGCAUACAUUUCUUAACAAUUAAAAUCCAUUCUAACAUAGUCAUGAACUGCUUUGGGAAAAUUUCUUUGAAAAAAAAUUUCAAUUUUUAAGCUUUUUCUAAGCAAAGAGACAGUUUUCAUAUUCUAGUUACAUAGUCCUGGUUGUUCCCUUUUGCCAUAUUCUGAAUACACCAGUAACUAACUCCAUCAAAUCCUUAAGCUUCUGUAAAGCUGACCUUUUUAAAAAAAAUAAAUAAAUAAAAGUUUGUAAAUAAAUGUAAAAUGAAGCAAAACUAUGGAAAAUCAUAUACCAAAGUGGUAUAAACUGUGUAAGAUAAAUGCUCUGUUUAAUGAGAAGCUGUAAAUAUGGGGCUGCUUUGAGAAGGUAUGCAGAGGGAUAUGUGUUAGUAUUCUUUAUGCGAUUUGGGGAAACUGCUAGUGACAACAAAUCAUUCAUUUACCUGGGAAAUCUUUCAUCCUGGUAUGGCAUACAAAGCAAACUUAAUAAAUGUUUACUUUCAGCAAACGGGUGCUGAGAAACUUGGAAGACUUCAUGUGCACAAUAAAAUCUGUUAAAUAUGUUCAUAAAUAAAAUUUUAUACUAUA